GGAAAAUGAGCCACAAUAGGCGAGCAGUCAACGCCUUACACUGUGUAUUAAUUAAACUGUAAAAUGGGACUUUCUCCUCAUUGUGCAAUCUGAUGCAUUUAAUUUGGCAUGUAAUUGAUGAUUGGCUGGCUAUUUUCCCAAUAAGCAUAGAGGCAUGCACGAGGUGGUCUUUCACCUCUUAGUUUUUGCUUGCAACUCACAGCAUGGACAGCACUUAAACAAUUUUGCAUAAUUUAAAGUCAUUUCUUUUUUUCUUUUUGAAUGUGGCUAACGCAGUAAGAGGUAAAGAGAAUUUUGCUUUCCAAAUAUUUAAAAUCUACGUGGACAGUGUUACCGUGUGGGGAGAAAGGAAUGGCUGAAGACUCUAUUUUAGCUAAUUCAGUUGAAGCUGAUGGAAUUGUAAUGAAUGUAUAUCAUCCAGAAGUUGACAAUAUAGAAGGAGCCGGAGAUAGUGUUCAAUCAACAGAAGAAAAAUUACCAACUGGUGAGUUAAACAAAUUCCUUAUAACUGAAACUGUGACAUCUACUGAGGGAACUAAAUUCACUGUAGGAGAAAAAAGCUCUGAUGCAGAAAUGUCUGUUACAAACACUGAGAAAACCAGUUUGCCUGGGGAAGAUAGUAUCGCUGCUGCAGAAACCAUUUCAUGUAUUAGCGAAAUCAGCUCCCUUCCAGCAAAAUUCAAUGCAUCUGCUGAGGAAACUACUUUGCCUGCACAAGAGACCAUUCCAAGUUGUCAGCAAACUAGUUCACCGAGGAAAGAAAAUAUUCCUCUUGCAGAGACCAUUCCAGGUACUGAAGAAAGGAGCCCCCUUACAGAAAAGUUCAAUGCACCUGCUCAGGAAGCCAGUUCACUUGCACAGGGGACUAUUCCAUGUACUGAGGAAACCAAUUCUCCUAGGGAAGGAAAUAUUGUAGCUGCAGAGACCUCUGUAUGCGUUAAUGACAUGAGUUCCUCUACAGAGAACGUCACUGCAAAUAUUCAGAAAAUCAAUUCAUCUGCACAGGAGGCAAUUCCAUGUUUCGAAAAAACCAUUUCACCUACAGAACAGGUUAUUUCCACUGCUCAGGAAAUCAAUUAUCUUGCAGAAGAAAUUAUUCCAUGUAGUGAGGAGGCCCAUAUACUUCCAGAGAUGGCUAUUUGGGAGACAUCUACCGAUAAGACCACUCCAUUUGAAAAGGAAACCAGUUUCCCUAUUGAACAGACUGAGAAAAUGACCCAACCUACAUAUGAAAUAGAGUCAGCUACAGAAGAAGGCAUUUGCUCCACAGGACGAACCAUUAUCCCUAGUAUAUUGACUAUUCAGGAAGUAAAUCCAGUAUCUGAGUUAGUAACUUCAUGUUCUUCAAUAGAACAAGAUAUAAUGGUAGAAAAUUGCCCACUGGAAAGUUAUAUUUAUGGUGAGAGAACUGAAGCAGUCCCUGCAGGCAAGGAGGUUAUCCCUUUACCUACUGGAGAAGUCUAUAAGGAGAACGGAGCAGAUGCAAAUGUGAAAGGUCCAAGCACUGAUAAUAAUGAUGAUGAAGCUGGUACCAAAGAAGAGAUCUACUCAGAAUUCCAACAGGGAAAUGGCUCAUCAGGGUCUCCAUCAACUAGUUCCAUUCUCAGUUCGCAACCAGAGUCACCAAUUAAUAUUGAUUCCACUGAGGAACAUCCAGGUGCUUCAAGGAGGCUUGAUAUUACCAAACACAGCUAUUCCAGGUACAACACCGUCUCUUAUCGCAAAAUUAAAAAAGGAAACACAAAGCAGCGCAUUGAUGAAUUUGAAUCAAUGUUAAACAUAAAUUAGAUACUGGAAAAAAACCUGUAAAGAUAAUGUGUUUUUGUCACUUUAAUUAGUUUAUACGAUUGUUUUUCACUUCUGAAGCUAUAAUAGAAAAUAAUUCAGCAUUUAAUUUAAAUGCAAAAUCAAUAUUGCUCCUUGAAUUCAAACCUACAAAGCACAUGAAGUGGAUUAUUACAGCAAAUAUUUAUCAAAUAAAUGAGAAACAUAGCUUGCUUAGUAGCUUAACUCAAACACUCUAUUUUGGACAUGUGAUACUCAGUGCACAAAGUAACUAAACCUCCAAAAAAAUGUGAUUUAGCAAAAGGCUAUGCCACAUACUAUUUGCUCCAAAUCUAGCUUUUAACUUUGGAGGUUAUUAUAUCACUAUUGUAUGUUAGGUCUAUUAAGCUGUUCAGCUACAGCAUAAUAAUGAAAAAAAAUCUUAAUUCAUUCUCUACUGAAUAAACCAUAAUUCCAUUCAGUGCGAUAGUAAUGAAUGGUACUUGAAGAAUCAGUAAGAUUUUCAAAGUUACCACAUUAAAAUGCAGCACAAUUGUUCCUUGUGAAAGUGGAUAAUCUGAAUUAAAGCUUAGUGAUUUCAUGUGACCAUAUUUAAUUCCGUUGAAUGGAUACUUUAGGUGCUAUUCUUGCUGUUCUGAAAGUUUUUUUUCAAAGAUCAAUUACUGUCCUUAAUGAUUCUGUGUUGUUUGUGUGAACAGUAGAAUUGGCUACUGUAUUAGAGAUUUACAAGGAUGAAAUAGUUAUGUGACUUGAAACAUUUUAUUAUUGUCUCCUGUAACAUUAACAAGUUGUAUUUCUGUUUUUAUCAUUGCUGCUCAUUCUAUACUCAAAAGUAAUAAAUCCAUACACCAAGGAUUUUGAACAAUUUUAUGAUUCUUUCACUUGCUUGUGAUUUCAAUCGUAACAUUUUUAUCUUAUACCAUAGCACAUAAUGAAAAACAGUUGAUAUUGCUGCCUUUUAAAUCAGAUCUGGAGCAAACAAGCUCGCUGUUGUACAGACAUGCAGUUACUGAAUGUUUUUUUUUCUAUUAAAUUGAUUUCUAUCUAAUGCACCUAUUAUUCUCUAAUUGCCAGCUUAACAUCAGUCCUUGCUUCAGAGGAGUGUAAACCAAUUAUGGUUCUGCAUCAUUUUUGGGUCAGACAGCUCUAACGCAUAUAUGCUAUAUUUCCACUCAGAAUGUAAUAUAAUAUUCAAAUUUUAAAAUCAACUUAACACGAGGAAAUAACUUGGGCAAUAUUGAAAAUAUUUUAAAGGAAUUUCAAAAGUCCAUUCAACCAUCAACUUUUUUCUAAUAAAUGUUCACUCUGGACAGGCACAGCUAUGCUGGUGUAUUUGCAUUCAAGAGUUUCCGCCAGAAUUCAACACACUACCGUUUUACCUAUUAAGCAGUAUUUGUCAAUGGAACACAAAGACUGAGUAACAAAGUAAAAAGUGCAAUGUGACAAAUGUCACCUCCUGCUCAGUAGACAAUAACAUCUGGAAAUAUUAUAAUCGUGAGAAUUAGUAAUUUAAUAUUCCUCUAGCUAUACCACUGAGUGAACAUUUUUUUGGACAAUUAAGUUUAAUUAUUUUCCAACUAGGAGUGAAGGAGAAGGAUGUCACAAUGGCAAUUGGAUUCUAUAGUUUUUGUCUUCAUGAAGCUCAUGUUUCAUGGGUAGAAUGGGAAUAUCAUGCUGAAUAUCACAUAACCAUAAAUUUAUUCAUUCCUGAAGAAAGGCUUAUGCCCGAAACGUUGAUUCUCCUGCUCCUUGGAUGCUGCCUGACCUGCUGCGCUUUUCCAGCAACACAUUUUUCAGCUCUGAUCUCCAGCAUCUGCAGUCCUCACUUUCUCCUAACCAUAAAUUUAGUCAAACAAAUGUUGCAAAAGACUGUAUUGGAAGAACUGAUCUACCAAUAAUUUUUGUCCCUUGAAGCACAGUCCAGAAGAUUUAUAUUGGUAUGCUUUUCAACUGCAGAGUGCCAGUAUUAAUGAGAUUGUCUUCAUGAGAUCACCCCCAUUAAGCAACAGUAGUUUCAGCAUUGAGCAUUAAAAAUGCCAGCAAAGCAUUUCAAAAACAAUUAUAUGGAAUUAUACGUGUUGAUGUGUGGCAUGUUCCUUCCAUUCUGAUUCCACAUUGAAAUUAGUACUGUCAAUUUUAGAAGAAAUAACCUCAUUAAAUUGUAUAAAAGCAAAUAUUGCAGAUGCUGGAUGUCUGCAAUAAACACUGAAACUCCAUGAAAUAUUCAGCAUGUCUGGCAGCAUCUUGGAGAAAGAAACAGUUAAAAUUUCAGGUGUGAGACUCUUCACCAGUUUUGAGGCAAUACUGACUAAGAUAGCAGGAGAACUCCCUACUUGCUGAAUAAAAUGAUGGAUAUUUAUCUGCAAAGGUUUAAUAAUCUCAUCUAAAAUGAGCACACGGAUACGAAAGCAAUUAGUAAACUGAAUUGCCAGCAUAGAUUAUACUAAAAUAUAUUAUACAAUGAUAACAAUGCUAAGCCAACUUGACAUGUUGAAUAAAUCCUGGAGUCCUUUAGAAAUUGUGCACUGUUUCAAAUACAGGAUGUCGUGUUGUACAUCAUUCUAAAUACAUCUGCUGCACAAUUCCGCUGUUUACUGUUCAAUUUAACUUUGUUAUUAAAGUACACUUACUUAAUUUUCUACAUUUUCAUGUGUCACAAUUUUACAAACUAUAGAGUACUGAACCAAAUUAAUAUUCAUACAGCAUAUAGUUCUAUUA